AAUCUCUUCCCUCCUACUUACGCCAUGUGUCGACAGCAAUUCUCCGCAAUGAGCCUAGUAAUCCGAAGCUUACACGAAUGAGACAUUUAUAGAAUGCCGUCGUGGCGCUAAACGCUCCGGGUGGGUGGGAAAAUCGAAUCCAUCAACGCAGACUGAACGCCAGCUUGUUGCGUCACUUGGACCCGACCAACCGCAAUGGACAGAUCACAGCUUCUCUACGACGGUGCCAGGCGGUGGUUCACAUUGUGCAAUUUCUGCGCAGCACCCAUCAGCUUCUUCAUCGACGCGCCGUUUGGAAGGUUCACGCCUGCACAGAAAAGUAUAUUUCUGGUUGACGGAAUCAAAGCGUGGAUAUGCAUGGAGCUUGUCUCACCGAUCUUCUUCACAUACGUGUUCGGGAUUGCUCCACUCGGCGGAGGGGGCUGGCGUGAUUUUCGUUUCUGGUCUCCUCAAGGCGUACUUGUUGGCGCGUACUACGUGCACUAUCUGAAUCGUUCGCUGCUGUCUCCGCUUCGAACACCAUCUCGGUCCAAGUCGCACAUCAUUACCCCACUCUGCGCCAUCGCUUUCAACAUCGUCAAUGGUUCUCUCCUGGGGGCGUAUCUUUCAUCGCCCAAGUCUGGUCUGCCGUCCGACUUCUCCGCGACCUCUUUCUGGGUCGGUAUGGGAUUGUGUAUCGCGGGCUUCGUUGGAAAUGUAGUUCACGAUGAAAUACUGCUACAAAUCCGGCGCAACGCGAAGAGCAAGGGCAAAGCCAAGGAAUUGCCCGGGGAAGAAGGAAAAGAGCACUACUCCAUUCCCCACGGCCUACUCUACCGCUACAUCUCCUACCCCAACUACUUUUGCGAGUGGGUUGAGUGGUUCGGGUUUGCCUUGGCUGCCGACCCCCGGCUCCCGCAUGCCCUCUUGGGGGGCACAGUCUCUCUUGGCAACCUCAUGGCUGGGCCUGCCUCGUCGUUCUUCCCUCUUUUGACUCCUCCAUGGAUGUUCUUCAUCAUCGAGGUUGCAGUCAUGUUCCCCCGUGCAUAUCGUGGACACCGUUGGUAUCAUGAUCGCUUUGGAAAAUCUUAUCCGAAAGAAAGGAAGAUUGCUUUCCCUUUUCUACUUUGACUGCGCGUCCAGGCUUCUUCAGAGGGAGCUUCAAGAAACGACAUAGCAUUUUCAGGAAAGCAUGAAUGAUACGACGCAGGACAACAAGCUUUGAUGAGGCAAAAGAGAGACAGAAACCGCUACUACUACCUUCAAACAUCAUUCUCUUGUAGAAAUCAAUUCCAGAGAAGAGCCGUACCUGUGCAUUAUGCUGGCGCGGGAGAAGUUGGCCCGGUCGCGUCCGCCCGUUCCACGGGAGAUCCAGGUCGUUCUGUCGAUUGGCGGGGCAAAGCCAUAGGCGAGGCUGCCGCCGGCUGAGAUGUUUCGGGCUUGUCAGUCCGCAGUCUCGCCAUGUCUUUAUCCCAGCGGUCCAUGGAGUCGUCGUUGAAGGAUCUGCCACAGCAGCUACCACAACAUCCGCGACCGCCGCGGCCGCCGAGUCCCGCGCCAUUGCACCAUGUUGCG